UCGAGAAAGCAUCGGCGGGCGGAUAACUUUCAAAUUAAAGCAAAGGCGAGGUGGCCGGCGAGUGGCGAGCGAGAAGAGCAGAUCGGGAGGAUAUAACGCGCGGAGGAGGAAAUGAAAUGGAGAAGGAAAGCGAAGAGCAGGAAGAGAGUAAGAACGAGGGAAAAGAGCAGGGGAGUGACAGAGAGAGAGAGGAAGAAAGACGAAGAAAGAGAUAGAGAGAAAACGAGAAAGAAGCACGGGCGGUGAGCAAAAGAGCGAGAGAAAGAGGGAUCGAGAGGAGGUAGAGAUCGUAGAGGUAACAUCGUAGAGGCUGUGGGACCCGAUCCCAAAGGUAGGAGGACUCGAGUCGUGGCCGAGGCCAGUCCAUCGCGGGCCCUCCUCUCGACCGAACACAUACGCGCUUUACUUUCUGCCCGCUCGUUCAAAUUCCCAUGCGCCGCUGCUCUCAUCGUCGAACUCUCCGCCGAGCUAAGAGUAACCCUCCUGGUGUGGCUGGCUGGCUGGCUCCCCAAGUGGCAGGAGCUCAGUAAGCCCAACGCGUUCGCGGUUGCCCGUAGCGCCGAUGGUGGUGGUGGUGGUGGUGGUGGUGGUGGCCGUGCCGUGAUGAUGGUAGUGGUGGUGAUGCCGGUGGCCGGUGGUAGUAGUAGUAGUGGUGGUGGUGGCGGUUACCUUGAGCACCAGGUUGUAUAGCAUACCUUGCACAGUUACCCUCUGCUCUAGUUCCCGCGCGCGGCCAGUGUUGUGCACGCGACACGAGAGCGAGUCGACGACGAUCCGCGAUAAAUCGAAUCCGAUCGGCAUUCAAUACGUACAAGAUUGCUCGACGAGUGUUUCUUCGCGCGUUCCUUCUUUGUUUCGCAUAAACGCUGCCGACCCUUCGAGAAAGUUUCUGUCGCCUCAGAAAGAGAGAAACAUAGGCGAUGACAUCUUUAUCUUUGCGGGAUCAAAUGAUGAAUAAUGACGCGCGGAAAAAUACGACUUUGAUUAGGAGCGAUGAUCAGUGAGGGAAGACGAUGACUCUCGCGGGUGUUGAUUCGUGGAACGCAGGUACGAUCGAUUGCCUGAAUCGUUGAUCGCGAAACAAUUAUUGAACGGCGCUGAUCGAUCCAAGUAUCGAGAAGUGUCAACGAGCCAUAUCGCCGAUACCGAAUGCACGUAGCGCUCUCCAAGUAUCGAGUCGGGAUUGAAGAAAAAAAAGGAAACACCGGACAGGAAGUGGCGCAAAGGUGCCUCACGAGGAAUAUUCUUUGCGCCGCUUUGUUCGCGACGAGGCGCUACAAGAGAGUCGACGAGGCGUAGAUUCAAAAGGACUGACACGGCAGAACAAUAAGACAACGAGACAAUAAGAAACCGGUAGCGGAGCUCCUCUCUUCAGGAGGGUGCUCUUUGAAGCACUAGAAUUCCUCGUUCGGUACAAGCAAACCAACCGACCAAAUGGAAAAACGAAGAAUAACUACGAAGCGAUGCGAAGCGAGCGCAUCUCUCUCGUGAUUGCCGGACGAUCGAUCACCGGUUUUUGCGGUUUGCGCGAUCUCCUCACCGUCGGAGGAGAGGAUCGUUAAGCGUCUCACGCGGGAGUGAUACCAUGACGAUGAGCCGGCCGAUAAAUAAUCUCGGCAUCGAAAUCUCUUAACGAGACGAUGACGACGUGGAUCCUCAUCGCGAUGAUAAUCGAUCGACAUUGUCGCGUGAGAAGACUGACCAAGAAGAUCGUCGUGUCUCGGCGAUAGCGUGAGCCGCGAGUAUCUGCGAUCUGCGGCGACAAUCGGCAGCUCGAGUAUAAAACACGUCACGCCGAUAACGACUUGGUACUUGGUACUUAUCUUUUUUAAUUAGUACCUUUUCGCUAACGAGACCGACGUUCGCGCGCCCAUUAGGAUAACCGAUUCGCCAUAUCUUCUCGGAUAAACGCGCCUACCGGAUUAGGAUAGUCGACUUUCUAAGAUCGAGUCUCGUCCGCGCUUUCGAUCGCGCCUCAUUAAGGAAAAUCGAAGGUGGAUCUUACUUAAAGUUACAUUCCACAGUGAUUCAUCUCGAAGACGAGGAGCGCGUGCGUCGACUACGUUUCAUCGUGAUUGCGGCUGUGACCGCCCGCUGAUCGAAUUCACGGAUCGCGGGCCCUCUCAUUCCGAGUCUGAUCUUAAUUAUCGCCGAUGGAGGUUCCAUUCGUGGCACGCGAUCGAGAACGUGUGCGAGAAACGAAUCGUUUCUACAGCCCAACUUAGUCAUCGCGAAGAGAAAAGAACGCGGGAAUCGGGAAAGAGUAUUUGGAGACUGUAAAUACUCUCUCUCUCUCUCUCUCUCUCUCUCUCUCUCUCUCUGUGGUGCAGUGCGGUGCGGGACGAGGGUGUUAAGCGCUCAAACACUUUAGAAAAUCCAAAUGUUGGCUCUACAGUUCGGAUCUUUCGCACCUGUACAAUGCGCGCGGCUUUGUGCCUCGAGGUGUUAACGAGUGAUUAUAGCGAUCGGAAUUGUGACAAGAGACUUCUCAUGAUGUCGCUGGAGGAUGGUGUUGGUUAAACACCAAAGACAAAGUUUCGUGUUAUAAAAUACAUCUCGUCGAGUUUGAAAGAAAAGGAGAGGAGGACUGUGGUAAUUUGUCGGUCGGAAACUGCACGCACGACAGGAUCCCACACCGAUUCGAUUUGACAACGGAACGGGGUCGGCCCCAGUUCCGUAUGACCGAGGCUUCCGGUGAGCGUCGGAUUUAUCCUCGGGUCGUCCGACCCGCCGUUGCUAAUCGCGGAAGCGUAAAACUUUGUCGCGUGCACAUCCGCUUUUUAUACAUUCAAUAACAACAAGGUGAUUGUGAUGUAAGAGAUGCGUUUCGGCGAUAUCGCGACAAUCGCGAUAGCCCUUCUCAUUUUUGGGCAAGUCCAGGAGUCACGACGAACAAGGGUGGUCGGGGCAAUGGUGGUCGGCGCGGCCGUCUGCAGCCGUAUUCCCGGUUUGGCGAAAAGCCAACGCGAGCAGUGCAGAAAAGCGCCGCACGCCAUGCCGGCGGUGGGCGAGGGCGCCGCAUUGGGUCUGCGCGAGUGCCGGCACCAGUUCCGACAUCACCGUUGGAACUGUUCCCACGUGUCCAACGAUCAGGUCUUCGGCCACGUGGUGGUAGUGGGCAGCAGGGAGGCGGCUUUCACGUACGCGAUAAGCUCGGCGGGUGUCACGUAUGCGGUUACCGCAGCUUGUAGCCGCGGCAACAUCACCGCCUGCGGUUGCGAACCUGCUGUAAGGACGAGGAAGGAAUUACCGCCGAACGGCUGGGAGUGGGGUGGUUGCAGCGCCGACGUCACGUACGGGAUGAGGUUCGCGCGUAGGUUUCUGGACGCGAGGGAAAUCGAGGGAGACGCUCGGAGCUUGAUGAAUCUUCACAACAACAAAGCCGGAAGAAAGAUCGUUAAGGCUCAUCUGCAAACGGAGUGCAAAUGUCACGGUGUGUCCGGAUCGUGUACCGUGAGAACGUGCUGGAGAACGUUGCCGAGUUUUCGCCAAAUCGGCGAUGCGCUCAUGAAGAAGUACUACAGAGCUAGACCCGUCAUCGCCGUUACACCGCCACCUCCGUCCACGGAUCAGACGCUGGACGCGAUGUCGCAUUCCGUGUCGCCGGAAAUGGUACCAAUAUUGGGCAACGACGCCAAAACUCAAGGCAAGCCGAACGAUUUUGUCAAGUCCCGGCACGAGUCCUCGUCGAAGAAAUCCAGCAAGUCGCGAAAGCCGCACUUGGUUCUGAAAAGAACGAAAGUCAGUAAUGGCCCAAAUAAAGGAUUGAAGAGGAUUCCGAAGAGGAGCGAGCUGGUCUAUUUGCAACCCUCGCCCAACUACUGCGAGCCGGAUUUGGCACAGGGUAGUCUCGGCACACAGGGCAGAUAUUGCAAUCGUACUAGCAAAGGAACCGACGGAUGUGAUUUAAUGUGCUGUGGUCGUGGUUACAACACGCACCAAUUCACGAGAACGUGGCAGUGCAGAUGCAAGUUUCACUGGUGCUGCCGCGUACACUGCGAGACUUGCACCGAACGUACCGAGGAAUACACUUGCAAAUAAUGCUAUUACCGACGUACGAUGUAUAUAUAUUCACGAGAGAAUACAUCUUUACCGAUGAAUGAAGAAUAUCUUCGAGAGAUAAGCGAGAGAAACGACACGCGAGAAAUAUGUCAAUCUCAUAUAUAUAUGUCCAUUAUAUAAAAACGAAGCUAUAUAAGCAAAAGAUACAUAUAUAUUAAUAGUGUAUCGAAUAAUGUUUUUAUUGUUUGAUUCAAUCGAGAUUGAUUUUGUCAAACCCUUAGCAGAAUUCCAGACAAUUUUGAAAAUUUUAGACAAAAAUAAAACUUAAUCUCAAUUAUUUAGAUAUCGAAUUCUCACAUUUUAUAGGAAUUCCAUACCCAUCUGUUUAUUUCUAUUUAUCCUGUUUAUGUUUAUAUUUUGAGCCUCGAUGCUUCGUAUGUAUUGACACGAUCACGCGCUAUAGUAAAUAUGAGCAUAUUUAACACUAUAUUCGCUGUACAUCGAUGUGCGGAUACGAUUCAACAAGGAUAUGUAGUUUAUAAGUAGUUUACGAAUAUGUUCUCUUAAAAUUGUAGCGUAAAAGUAACAGAUAAUUGUUCUCUCUAAAUCAAUUAAUAUUAAAACGCAAAUCUCGAA